GCUCAGAGUGGAGUUUGGAGGCCUCUAUCAGGACUCAUCUAUGAAAUUAUAAAAUUUUAAGUUUUAGGGAAAAAAUUCAGGGAAAAGUCAGGGAAUCGCAAAAACCUAAUUAUCACUGUGGCAACCAUGGGUUUGUUUGUUUGCUGAUUUUGUCUACCAUUAAUUUUUUUUGCUUUAUCUGUAUCUUGAUAAGGUCAUGGUCACAAAGAGAACAAAGGAAUUUGGUAAAUUUAGCUCUGUGACUGUGUCUACUAUUGAUGAGGAAGAAGAAGAAAUUGAGCAGCAUGAAGUUGCAUCAUCAUAUGCUCACAAUGCCCAGAUAAUUGAAAAGCAACUUGAGCGAAAAACAACCGCACAGAAAAGGGCAGCUAUAGACCAGAUUAAAGAGGAUCAAUCUAAGAAACCAAGAGGUACACUCAUUGAUCGAGACUAGUCUCGAGUGAUGAAUGUCAUCCACCUCCAAUUAAGAUGUAACAAGAAGUGCCUUGCCGUAGUGGGCCUCAAAAUCUUGUUGGAGAUAAAGAGUAACUGGAAACAGAUUAUCAUGAUCAAAUGCUUCAAUAUUUGAUGACAACAGUUGACCAGUGGUCAGCAAUUCCUUUUAAGUGUUGAGACUUUAAGAGCUACAGGUAGAGUUCGUUUCAGUCCAAUUGUAAACUUUGGUAGCCGGAUACAAUGCACUGAAAUUAUCUAACAGUUACCCACAGAGUAUUGUACAGAGUUUUGAGUUCUUGAAAGAGAACGGUUUAUUUGAAGAUCGUAAAAAUUAUUCACGAAGUCUUGAAAAGGAGGGAAAAAUCUGGGGAGUUUCCCAAGCAGUGGCGCUAAGUACUUCGUCACUGCACAGUAUGUGAUAAUUUUGAGAAGCUUAAAAUGUUAUAAAAUACCUCGACACACACGUCGCGCAUGCCCGUUGUUUAAGCACUGUGUUAUUUAUUACAUCUCUUGCCUUUCAUACGGAAGUACAUAAAACGCAAUUGUCUCCACAGACCCUAUAAUGGAUGAACACCUUGAUUGUUUUUGUCUUUAGUUUAUUUAUAGUCAAUGUACAAAGGAAGCAAUACUUUUUUAGAUUAAUUAAAAAAAAAUUCCUCAAUUUUUUAGCCUCUUUUGUUUGAAAUUGUCACAGAGGCAGUUCUUAAUCAAAAUUAUUGUAAGUUUGCUUUAUGUACUAAAUUAAUUAACAAGCAAAUGGAAAAAAGAAACACAUUUAAAACAAUUUCAUGGCGAUGUUUUUUCAAUUCUCAAAUUUAGUCGCCUUUGUCAAUCAAUAAAAGUUCAAAAGUAAUACUA